AUGACAACUCCAGCAGCAGGGGGUCAGGCAUCCUCAGCCCAUGUGGAAAUAAAGAGGAGAUCCAGGGUGCCUGGAGUUAUGAUCACUCAGUUUGUGGAAGAACUGCCUAAAGGAAAAACCACUCCUGAUUUCAUGAGAAAACCUAUCGCCAUAACUAUUCAGGAAGGUAAAACGGCCUUUUUUAAAGCUGUGGUCACUGGAGAUCCAAAACCAACUGUUGUAUGGGCCCGUAAUAACGGAGACCUCAGUGAUCCAGAGAAAUACCAUACGAGAUAUGAGGAAAGGGCACGAGAACACAUUCUAGAGAUACCUCAUGUAACUGUUAGCCAUGCUGACACUUACAAGUGCUAUGCUUCAAAUGAAUUUGGGCGUGCUGUUUGCACUGCCACACUGCAUGUUAUUGAGGUUGGUUUCAAGAAAAAGAAACCAGAAGCUGCUGCAUCAAGCGACCCAGAGGAUUUCAGGAAACUUCUCAAGAAAACUACAGUUGUGAAGAAGAAAAAACAAAAACCAAAGAAGGAGGGAGAAAUUGAUCCAAAGUUCUGGGAAAUUUUGCUGAGUGCGCAAAAGAAAGACUAUGAACGUAUCUGUGCAGAGUUUGGGAUCACUGAUUUCCGCUGGAUGCUAAAGAGAUUAAACCAGUUGAAAAAGGAGAGAGAGGAAGAACAAGCAAAGGUGGUGGAGAGUGUCGGUAACACAAAACAAAUCGAAGUGACACCACAUGGCAAGGCUGAGUUUGAAAUUAAUAUGAAACUAAAAGAUCCCAAGAGCAAGGUGUUUCUAUACAAGGAUGGUGAAAUGCUUCAGUACGGUGAUGGUAAUGAUGACAAAUCUAAACACAACAUGAAGAAAACUGGAGAUAAGUAUUUGUUCAGUAUUAACAACCUCAGUCCAGAUGAUGCUGGACUAUACCAAGUCGAUGUUGAGGAAGCCAGCGUGUUUUCAACAGACUUCAAGAUUCCGGACGUGGAGUUCACUGCCCAUCUCAAGGAUGUCAAGGCCACUGAGUGCCAGGAUGCCAUAUUUGAAUGUAUCUUGUCCAGUCCUCUGCCAAACAUCUCCUGGUUUGGAAAGGAUGUGUCCCUGGAGAAAGGAGAGAAGUAUGAUAUCACUGUUUCUGAAGACAAACUCACCCACAAACUGGUGGUGAAGGAUUGUAAGCUGGAAGAUAAGGGCACUUAUGCUGCAGUGGUUGGACUCAAAUCCUCUAAGGCCACCCUGUCAGUUGAAGAGGACCCCAACAAAAGAGGAGCCGGUGGAGGAGAUGCCGACCUGUCAAAGUUUGCAACAGAUCAGAAUGAGAAACAACAGAAGGAGAAAGAUGACGUAGAUGCAGCCAAGACAGCCCAGGCUGGAGCAGAGAAAGGUGAUGGAGGGGACGGCACAGACGGAUCUGGAUUAGGAGAUGGAGCUGGAGUGGGAGAUGGUGUUGGGAAAGAUGGAGGAGAUGGUGUUGGGAAAGAUGGAGGAGAUGGAAGUGAUAAAGAUGGACUGGGUGGAGAUGGAACAGACGGAGAUGGAACUGGUGGAGAUGGCUCAGGUGAUGACAAAAACAAGAAACGCACCAGGACUGCACCACUGGUGCCAGAUUCUGUAAUAGACCCUGGAGUCCAGUUUAUUAGUGGGCUUUCAGACACUGCUGCUAAGACUGGCCAGACUGUCGAGUUUGCUUGUAAACUAAGCAGUGACGCAUGUGUUGGAGUCUGGUACAAAGAUGGAAAGAAGCUAACGUCAACAGAUGGGCUGAAGAUCAUUAAAGAUGGACCUUACCACAAACUGAUUAUCGAAAACUGCCAGGAAGGUGAUGCUGGGACAUAUCGUUUCGAGGCGGAUGGACGUAAAUCUGAGGCUGUUCUCAUUAUCCAAGACCCGCCAAGAAUAGACCCAGAUGCCCUCGGUGAGUUCUCAAAACCUGUCAUUGUGAGAGCUGGCGAAAACGCUGCUUUUAAACUGCCAUUUGCGGGCAAAGAACCAAUGAAGAUCCAGUGGUAUAAAGCAGAUGAAGAGCUACUGGAGGGCCUAAAUGUCAAAAUUGAGAAAUCCCCCACUCAUAGUCGCCUUCUUCUCAGCAAGUGUCAACGCAAAGAUACCAGCGAGGUGAAAAUCAAAAUCAAGAAUGAAUUUGGCACCAUUGAAGCAACAUCGAAACUUAUUGUUCUUGAUAAACCAUCUCCUCCGCAAGGGCCUGUGGAGAUCAUAGAGAGUUCUCUCAGUGCAAUUGAGUUCAAAUGGAGGCCGCCAAAAGAUGACGGUGGUUGUCCUGUCACCAAUUACCUCUUGGAACGGCAGCAGCUGGGACGCAACACCUGGACAAAGAUCGGAGAGAUCCCUGAGAAUCCCACCUACCGGGACACUGACAUUGACCGUGGCAGAAAAUACUCCUACCGCAUAAGGGCCAAGAACGCUGAAGGGAUCAGCGAGAUGAUGACAACCAAUGAUAUUGCAGCAGGGAUCCUGGCCUUCCCUGGUCAACCAGCGGCUCCCAAAAUUAUCAGUGCCUUCAAAGACUGCAUAAAUCUGGAAUGGUUGCCUCCUUCUAAUACUGGCGGAUCUAGCAUUGUGGGAUACAAUCUUGAGAAACGCAAGAAGGGAAGCAACCUGUGGAACCAAGUGAAUCCUCAUAAUGAGCCAAUCAAAGAGAAAAAGUAUGCAGUGAAAGAUGUCAUCGAAGGAGCGGAGUAUGAAUUUAGAGUGACUGCCAUCAAUGUUUCCGGAGCUGGAGAGCCCAGUGUCCCUUCUGCAUUUGUCACUGCCAGAGACCCUAAGAAGCCUCCAGGAAAAGUGAUAGAUCUCAAAAUAACAGAGUCCACCUACACGACAUUGUGCUUGGCUUGGACAAAGCCCAAAGUGGUGAAGGAGGUGGAAGAUGAGGCCAAAGGGUACUUUGUAGAGAUCAGACCAUUAGAAAGCAUUGACUGGAGUCGCUGUAACUCUAAUGCUGUCAUCCAGACCUCCUACACUAUAGUCGGUCUAAAGUCUAUGGGCAUGUACUGGGUGAGAGUGAUUGCUACAAACGAGGGGGGGGAGGGACUCCCCCAAGGGUUUGACAACUACAUCAUUGCGAUGCCCCCUCCGGUGAAACCACGGUUCACAGACAGUAAAAUGAAAAGCUUCAUGGUCGUCAGAUGUGGAAAUACUGCUCGAGUCAACAUCAAGUUUGAGGCUUCCCCAUUGCCGGACAUCACUUGGUUAAAGGAUGGCAGUCCAGUAGCUAAGCAUGUGACUAUUACCAAUUCUGACAGAGGUUCACAACUACUCAUACCCACAGCAGAACACCAUGACUCUGGGAUCUACACCAUCACUGUCAAGAAUAUGGUUGGUCAAGAAACCUUCAACAUUGAGAUUAGAGUCUCAGAUGAUCCCAAGCCUCCUGGUCCAGUGGAGCUUGAGCAAGAUGUUCCAGGAACAUUGACUGUUUGCUGGACUUCAUCUCCCGAUGAGAAACGAGACGACAGACUGCACUACAUGGUUACCAAGCGAGAUUCGGUCAAUCGGAAAUGGCGUAUAGUGGCUGACCGCUUGUUCAAUAACAAAUGUACUGUCAUCAAUGUCCUGCCAGGGAGAGAAUACCACUUCCGUGUGUUUGCUAAGAAUGACAUGGGCCUUUCUGAACCAUCAGAAUCCCCAACCUGGGGAACUCAAAAGAAGAGAGAGAAAUUCACUUUGAGUGUACCAGAGUCCCAGGCCCUCGACCUCCAGGCUCCACCUAAGUUUAUAGUUCCUCUGAAAAUGCAUGUGGCUCCAAAUGGCUACGAAUGCUACAUGAGUUGUGCAGUGACAGGGAAUCCUACACCACACGUCACCUGGUACCGCAACAACGUCAGCCUCAACACGAACACCAACUACUACAUCACAAACGUGUGUGGAGUGUGUUCCAUGCUCAUCCUGAGAGUCGGACCCAAAGACACAGGAGAGUAUAAAGUCGUCGCAGACAGUCCCUUGGGCCAGACUGAGUGCUCUACCAAACUUACAGUCAGAGAAGAGAUGUUGCCACUCUGCGCCACGCCCCCUCCGUCUGCGCACGAGGGUGCAUAA